AAACUUCUUAAAGUUAUCUUGUUGAUCCCGCGAUCGAAAUUAUUCCGCUUUAAAAAUAAUAAUCAAUGGUGUUUUCAUUCCGAACAUUAGUGAAUUUGAUGUAACCGACAUCGGUGCAAAAAAUCGAAAUGUUCAAGCAAACUUCAAUAAUUAUUCUUAUUGCAAUAGGCGUUGUAUUGUCUAGGAGUGUACAGAAUGAUGUGAACAAUGAUAAUGCUGUACUUCUAACAAAUCAGGUACCAUCACAGACGGUUAAUGUUACACUGAAGGCAUCAGAAAAUAUCACUAAUGUGCAGAAUGGCGUAGAUAACGUUGGUUCUUUAGGCGUUUCUACCGAAUCAGAAAAUUCGACAGUUAUUGGAAUACCCGAGAACGCUGUACAAUAUUUACAAAUAAUGUCGAUUUUUUACGUUUAUGGACUACCAGUGACAGUCUCCAAUUCGACCACGGUGAAGAUAGAAAAUGGUCUGAAUAUCGAUGGCAGUAAUAAUACUCUGAAACACACGUCGAAUAGCUUAAAUACCAUAGAAGAAAAAAUACAGUUGAGGACUCUAGGCACGAGCUUCGAGACACUGUUCAAGAGACAUGAGCAAGGAAUUGUUGCUGAUAAUUUCGGAGGGUGCAAGUAUUGUAUUGAAUCGAAAUAAUAAUAUGAAUUUGUCACCAAUAUGUGAUGUGUAAUGUUAUUGUCUAUUUGCGUACUGUAAUAUGUUAACUUUCGAAUAAAUCUUCCGUAUGAGAAA